CGUAGAUUGAAGCUUUCAGACGCCACUGGGGGAACAAUCAAUUAGGUAUAUCGAUCGAUAGUCGGCAUUGCACAACAAUUGUUUUUUAAGCGGCAGGUGAAACUGCGUAUUGCGUAAUAGUGUUGCUGCUUGCAAGGGAAAAUGUCUAACACCUCUCAGAAGCACAGAGACUUUGUGUCUGAGCCUAUGGGCGACAAACCAAUAACGGCUCUUGCUGGCAUUGGAGAUGUACUUGGUGGUAAACUGGAAGAACAAGGAUUUGAUAAGGCAUAUGUACUUCUGGGCCAGUUUCUUAUUUUGAGGAAAGAUGCUGACGAUCUCUUCAAAGACUGGUUGAAGGAUUCCUGUGGUGCUAAUUCUCGUCAAGCAGAACUGUGUUCCUCUUGUUUAAAAGAGUGGUGUUCAUCUUUUCUAUGAUACCUGCAUUUCAGAUGGUUUUUCCAAUGAAAUACUUGUGUUCUUUUUGUAUAUACUGAAAAUGUAUUAAUUGGAAAACUUUUUUACAUCAAAACCUAUAUUUUGUAUUGAAUAAAAGGCAAUAAAUAUUAUCUUCUCCGAUAGCUACCAUUCAGAAUAACCCAGCUUUUCUGAGAAGUCUUAAAGUGCA